AUGCCUAAAUUUUUGUUUCUUUUCUCUCAAGUCCAUAGUGAUUUUAGAGGUCCUGAAUUCAAGGCUGUUUGUGAUUUAUUUAACAUUUCAUUUGAUGAAUCGUUAAUUAAUAAAAAUGAACACAUUUAUGAAUUAAACUUUGAUUCAUUAAGUGAUGUAGAAAAAAUAUUAUCAAGAACAAUGUUAGUUAAAUAUGCAAUUGAAUUAUUUUCAAGCGCUGACAACUAUGAUGAAUUACACAAAAAAACUAAAAAGAAUUUGGAAGUUUUUGAAAAAUACAAUAGUGAAAAUCAAACAUUUUCAAUACGCGUCCGCCCCAUUGGUAAAAAAAGAGAUCAAAGUUAUAUUAAUGAUGUUAUAGACACUUUUUUUGAGUAUUUACCUUUGCAAAAUUGUAAAAUUGAUCUUGUAAACGCUGUUAAUUGUUUUACAGUAAUAGAAAAUUAUAAUACAAAUAUUAAAGAUUAUCAAAUAAAUAUGAUUUAUUUUGGAAGAUUUAUCAAUUUUGGACAAGGACAAUUAAAGACAAAAUAUAAUUUAAAAGAUCGUCCAUAUAUUGGUAAUACAACAAUGGAUCCAGAGUUAUCUUUUAUACAGGCAAAUUUAGUUUUAGGACAAAAAGGUUUUUUAGCAAUUGAUCCAUUUGUUGGUACUGGUGGAUUAAUUUUACCACUUGCUGAAUUUGGUUGUUUGGUUACUGGUACAGAAAUAAAUUAUCAAAUUGCACGGUCUAUAGGUAAAAGUUCAAGAGUAGGUGAAGGAAUAUUAACAGAAAAAAAUACUCAUCGUGCAAAUUUUGAAUAUUAUGGUACAUUUGAUAAAUUUUUAUAUCAUUGUCAUGCAGAUGCAAGUCAUCAUAAUUUGUGGAGAUUACAAAAAAAUGGAGAUGGUAUAUUUGAUAUUAUUGUUGCAGAUCCACCUUAUGGUUUACGUGAAAAAGGAAGAAAAAUUGGUAAAAAAGAUAGAAAAGAACAUUGGACACUACCGGGUCAAGUUCAUAUGGAACAUUUUCCAGAAAAAACUAAAUAUGAUAUUAAAACAAUGUAUCUUGAUAUAUUAAAUAUGGCAGCAAGAAAUUUAGUUGUCAAUGGAAGACUAGCAUUUUGGUUUCCGGUAUUUCCUGCAGAAUAUACAAUAGACGUCAUACCGAAUCAUCCAUGUAUGAAAUUAAUAUUUAAUUGUGAGCAACCCCUUGGUAUAAAGUAUUCCAGACGGUUAUUGGUAUAUGAAAAGAUUAAGAAUGUCAUAAAGGAUGAAGCUGCAUUUGUAAUUCGAGACAUGUUUGAGUCUGAGACAGUGAGAGAACGAAUCUUUGUUGGUAAUUCAUAG